UACCUCACUGUUACCCCUUGUAUUUCACACCGUGUAAUAUUUCACCUCUGCUGUGAUGUCAUGAGUGGCACCAGUGACAUCGUGAGCAACUAAUGGUGCUCACAAUGCACUGCUCCUAUUCAUGAUGUCACAGGCGUUGGAGAAACCAGAUUGAAAAACCACUUCAAGAUCCUCCCUGACAAUUGUCCUGGAACCAAAAACUGGAUAGACUGGUUGCUGGAAUGUGGAGAUGGUUGUCCUCGAACAGGACUAGGAAGAUUCCCACUCUGUGACUCAAACAGUUUUACAAUGCCCGGCAAGGGAAGCAAGCCCAAGGCACAGAAUACAGGCGGCAAGAAGAAGAGUGGGAAGAGGGCCGCCGGGAGCAAGAAGAAGAAGAAGAAGGAGAAAGCUUCCCAGGUGGAAGUGGACAUCAUGAGUCCUGCAGCCAUGUUCAACCUGUAUUACAUCUCUCACAAUGUGCCUACCUGCCUUGCUUAUCGAGGCUUCCUCUGGCCUGGAAGACCCAAGAAGAAAGGACGGAAAUAAAAUGAUUAAAUAAAGAAAAUAUAUGUAGAAAUAAAUAUCUAAUAUUCUAACAUAAGAUGGUGCAGAUCAAAAACUGUCUAUAUCCCAACUCACGUUUUGGUUUAAUCCACCCCUCUCACAUUCCUAACCCACUGUCGUUAGGAGGAAUGCCAAUGGAUUGAUGCAAUCUGCUUUCUCAGCAGCCAGGCGUCAAUCUGGGAGAAAUAUUUAGGUUGCGGGUAGGAUAGAAAAGAAUUGGCAAAUAGAAUGCAUUUUUUCAGGAUGUGAGGUUUACUGAGGCGUGCUGUACUGUCCUGUUCUGUUCUGUUAAAGAGCUCACUACCAAAAGCUGUUGAGGCAGUUUGGAGCACAGCAGCAGAGUUGCUGCCUUAAAGCACCAGAGACCCGGGUUCGAUCCUGACUACGGGUGCUGUCUGUACUGAGCUUGUAUGUUCUCCCUGUGGGUUUGCUCAGGGUGCUCUGGUUUCCUCCCACAUUCCAAAGGUGUGCAAGUUUGUGGGUUAAUUGGUUUCUCUAAAAUGUCCCCAGUGUGUAGGAUAGUACAGGUGUACAGGUGAUUGUUGGUUCCCGUGUACGUGGUGGGCCGAAGGGCCUGUUUCCACACUGUAUCACUAAACUAAAUUAAACUAAACUAAACUAUUCCAAACUAAACUGAACUAAACUAAACAGCGGAGAGGGAGAGAAGCUAUGGUCUGAACUAGGCAACCAAAGGAACAAACUGAAGAAUUGUAGAUUUCUCCUCAGAGUUUGACCAGCAAUCGCUCUUCAGCCAGAAACACUAAGGGAUAAGUGACUAAAUUUUCCCUACAUUAAAGCAGUGACUACCUUUGUCAAAUAGCUCAUUGUUUGCAAUUUUGAGAUGCCUGGAGGAUGCAAAAGAUGCAGGAUUCAUCCAGAUUUGCCAUUUUUAUGCUAUUUUAAGUUGUUUAUGUAAUGCAAGAUAGGUUGUGGAAGGAUAUCUAAAGCUCUAUUUCCCCAAAGGCAGCGACCAAAUGUUUUUAUGAUCUCUUUGAUACUUUAUAUCAUGUUACAAUUGGACAAGUUGUUGGUGAGACCUCACGGAGUUGUAUCCGCAUACUCAUCUAAAGGUGGUGAGAAUCGCUCGAUAUUAUUGCUUGGUGCCUGAUUACCAGUGGAAAGCAAGAGGAGAGGGUCAAGGAAGUAAUUUAAAAUAAAACACACAAAAGGGUUUUUUUUUUUAAACGGGAAACCUUAGCCCUGUAAUUAGGGUGCCCCUGCUUCUGGGUUCAGUGACAUCCUAAUUACAGGGCUAGGCUCAGGUAUUCCUGAUCCUUUCAGGCCAAGACUAUCAUUAAGUGCCCAUAGCUACCAGUAAUUGUUUUUCGGAUGAGAGGAUUACCGUGGGUCUGGAUUUAUAAAUAAGUAAAUAGCAAUACCCUGUCCUAAAGAAUAUCGUUAAAUUGGGUAAACAAAGUGCUGGAGGAAAUCGGUGGGUUAUGCAGCAUCUGUGGUGGGAAUGGACAGACAACGCUUCAGGUCGGGAACCUUAAACGUCACCUGUCCAUUCUCUCCACAGAUGCUGCCUAACCCUCUGUGUGUCUCCAGCACUUUUUGUGAUUUGCUCAAGAUUCCAGCAACUGCAAUUUCUUGUGUCCUCAUUGAGUUGCCAUUUGGAGUGUUUGCAAUUGAUCCCACUAUGAGAAAUAAGGAUUUAUUGUAUUAGAGGCAGUAACUCAGAACUUGGACAGUAAUUGAUUUUAAGGAGGACCUUCUAGGGGAGGGAGAUGAAACACUGGCAGUUGUGGCAUCUUAGGCUUGCACUGUGCAAGACUCAGUAUUUUGAGAUGAGAUAUUCAUUGUCAAACCUGGCUCACUUGUGACAUCGUUGUUUCCAUGUGAGACAAUUCUAGUUUGAAUCCCACAUCCUGUGCACUGGACGAGUGUUGAAUUGUCAAAUGGGUCAUUUUAAAUCAGACGCCAUCCAUCUAGUUAACUGAAUGUAAAUCUCAAAACUUCAUAAAGCAGUGGAAUUUUCCAAUCUGGUACUAAUCCCACAUAAAUUAGCGCAAGACAGAUUUUCUGAUCAUUUAUUUCAGUGUUUCUGGAAGACUUUACGGUGUGAAAAUAGCUUCCAUGUUUGCGUUUGAAACAACAGUGACUGUACAUCUUGAGUAAGAUCUCCACUAGGCUGUAACUUUCUAAAGAGCUUUGAACUCAUCAAUUUAGUUUCCAAAUAUAAUCAAUGUUGCAGUGGUCGAAUGUAUUGAGAAACUGCAUUGGG